AUGCCAGUAACUGACGAAUUGGAUGCUCCAGCAGUAGUUCCAGUUCCGAAGGGAAAAAAAAAGGGAAAGUCCCGCUUGUCAACCAUGCCUGAGCCCAAAGGAAAAGCAGUACCAAUCCGCUUCAAAGCUUCAGUCCUAGCUAGCCUAUCUUCGACGUCAGAACCAAUUUCUUCAAUUCAAAAGCUUUCUUCAGCUCGCCCUUGUGCUUACGCCAGCCUUUGUUCACUUGUCUCGGGCUUACUUCUAGACUUGGAUGGACUUCGAUCUUCAUCUUUAGUAAUACCUAACGUUGCUAGGGUCUUCCAUGCUUAUAAAGUAUUACUAAAAAGAAUCUUUUUUCCUAGUGUUUAA